ACGUGGCUAUGGCCAUUUUUGCAUAUGCAUUUAUACGUAUCCGAUGAAAAGUCACAAGAGCCAAAGAGUCCCAGCAGAAUCUGGGUGCUCUGAAGUUUGCAAUCGGCUUGAUGCAAUGGCACAUUCAGUACUCAGUGCCCGAGUGACAAACAUCAUCAAACAUUGACAUAGCUUCUCCUUAUCAACUGGCACUACAAUAUGCAACCCCGAACGGCUCAGAAGCGGUCAGCAACGUCCAGCGCAGACGCAUCAACAUCCCAAAAAUCUUCACAUGCUCCAAAAAAGACGCGUUUCACUGAGCCUAAUGAAGAUCCAGUGAACUUUGCGGAGGAAGUCGACUCUGCACUUGAGAAUCCUUUAACCAAGCGGAAAGGACGGAUUAGGAAUGAAGGAUACGACUCGGACUCGAGUGAUGAUGGAGAGGGUGUGGUACUGAGCAGAAGAAAGGGCGCAGAUGGGGAAGGGGCGGAUGAUGACGAUGAUAUGUUUGCAAUGGCCGACAAGGAAGAAAAGAAAGACGAGGCGCAGGGAAAGAAGAAGGAAGAAUUCUUACGCCUAGGGGACAUAGAAGGACAGGAGUUCAACGAUGGCGAAGAUUCAGAUUUAGAUGAAGAUGAGCCUGAAGACGAGGAUGAAAGAGAACGACGAAAGAAGGCUGGUAUGGGAUUCGAGCUAUCUUCGUUCAAUAUGCGGGAGGAGAUGGAAGAGGGGAAAUUUGCUGCUGAUGGCACAUAUGUCCGGUCAUUCGACGCACACGCCGUACACGAUCGGUGGAUGGACGAUCUAGACGACAAGGAAAUCAAGCUUGCGCGUCGGAGGAAGCGACAGCAGGAACGAAUACAAAGAGAAAAGAUGAGGGCGGAGGAGAUAGAGCUUGAGCAAAGUGGUGGAAAGAGCGCUUUGGAAAUUCAGCUCGUCGGAAUGCUCAAGAAAGGCGAAACAAUACUUGAAGCACUUCAACGAUUAGGUGCAAAGGCGAAACAGAAUUCGCGUUCUACCAGCAAAGUUAGUGGAAAGGCCAAAGAUGAUACUGCUAUGGCUGUCAGCAAGGCGGUAGAUAAAUCGAAGGGUCUCGAUGAUAUUGACAUGAUCACCCAUCUGGCAUCCAACCUUAUGUCGCUUGGUGAUACUGACAUCUACUCUCGAUCAUACGAGGAACUUGUCCGCGCAGUGCGUUCUAGCGGAAGGGUGGGACCUAAUUGGACGCCUCCAUCUGCGGACAUCACAUACGAGUACAAAUGGGACAUCCCUGGACAAUCUACCGGAGAGACUUUCGGGCCCUUCAGUGAGGACGAAAUGAAGAUGUGGUAUACAGCUGCCUACUUCGGUGAAUCAGGAGAGAAGGUCAAAGUGAGAAAGGUUGGUCACGACUGGGGAGCCUGGGAUGAUGUUGUAACAUAGUGUCAUUGUUGCCGGUGACUUGAUAACUUGAUUUUCCGUCCUUGCAGACGCUGUUUGCAUUUCGAGGUAUCGUGUGUAUCGCAGAUUGUGGUCUCGUUGAAUAGGAACAGCUGCCUGGUAGGCCGUUGAGACAGCGCCUUCCUUA